GCUUGGAGUCGCACGCUCGUUCCGACCAAAAGGGCGGGAAACUGCAGACUACAUCGUAAAUUUAAAAAAAAAAUCUAAAUAAAAAAAUCAUGGUGCGUUUUAAGACUAUGAAAUCUUCAUCAGAGACUUUUGAAUAUGGAACGUUUGGGUCAACGACUUGUGCUAUUUUGUAAAAUGUUAAUUUAGAACUAUAAACGUAUUACAAAACUUUCGAGUGCUUUGUGAAUGAGCUAAAAUGGAUACUAGAUAUUGGAUAAUUUUAAUGUUUUUAACACCAUAUUUUUCCGGUUUAACAUCAGGUGUCAACAUUAUAGAACACUUUAAAAAACCCGCCAUCAAUUUAAGAUCAAUAUCCAAUUACGGGAAAUAUGACACUUAUCGAGAUUCCGAAGAAUGGAAUUAUUAUAAUAAACAUGUGUUGAAAACCUUAAGGAGAUAUAGAAGAACUUUGCCAAUGAUGAUUUCUCAACACUUCAGUGAAACUACGAUCACACCAGGUGUCGAUGUAAACCUCCAGUGUGUAGUCAAUGGUCCUCAUUCAGCCAGAUUUGUUUGGGAAAGGGACGGUGUUGUUAUCUCUGCCAAUACAGAUUCGAGGUAUUCAAUAGGUCAAACCAUGACAACCGAUGGUGGAGUAACAACACAACUUAAUAUUUCCCAUGUAAGAGUUGAUGAUGGAGGACGAUUUGCAUGUGUGGCUCAUCAUGGGGAGGCAGUUUUAUCACAUGAAGAUAGAGUUAAUGUUUAUGGUCCCCCCUAUAUCCGGACAUUGCCUCCCUUCAAAGUUCAGAGCGGUCAAAGUGUCACUCUCAGGUGCCCAUACUAUGGUUAUCCGAUCAGACAAAUAACAUGGGAAUACAAAGGAAAAGAAAUUAAUGCAGAUUCAACACAAACUAAUCGAUAUAAAAGACUAAUAAAUAACACUGCCCUUAGCAUAGAAAUAUUUGGUAGAAAACCUAAGUUAAGAGGCAAAAGGGAUAUCGCGACGAUGACGAACGAUGGAAUUUUAAAUGUAAAUAAAGUUAGUAAAAGCGAAAACGGAGCAACGUUCGCCUGUAUAGUCAGAAGUCCGUCUGGUGAAAUGGCGAAAAGGUCAUUCGAGUUACAAGUGGUAGAGGCUCCACAGUUAGAGGAGAUACUUUUAGCGUCGGAUCUCCAAGAGGGUCAAAUAGUACAAAUACAUUGUAAUUUAAAGAGUGGAGACUCGCCAGUAUAUUACUCGUGGUUGAAAGAUGGAAAGAAAAUCCCCUCUAAUCUUAAGAUCGUAGAGCGAAGCUUGGAAGUAUUUAGCGUACUUAUUAUCAAGAAUGUGUCUCUGGAACAUUGUGGUACAUACACAUGCGUGGCGGCGAACCACGUUGCUAAAGUUAACAGAACUGUAAACUUGUAUAUAAAAGUGGCACCUAAAUGGAAUGAAGAACCUCAAAACACGUCAUUAUUAUUGGGAAGAAAUGGACAUGUAUCGUGCAGUGCCAAUGGAUAUCCUCAACCACAAACACACUGGCUGAAGAAAGAUAUAGUAUCUGAAACUUGGCGACCAGUUUUGGAAGUCGCAGGCGGUGGAGUUCUAAGUCUGUCUAAUGGAUCUUUAAUAUUUGAUUCCGUGGCAUUAUCCGAUGCUGGUCUCUAUACGUGCCACGUUGAAAACGGCGUCGGCGAAGCUCUUAGUAAAACAGUUUGGAUUUCUGUUAAUAAGCCAGUAACAUUCGAUAUAGUAGCGAGGAAUUUGACAGCAAAACUAGGACAACACGUUACAAUAGAAUGCCAGGCUAAAGGAGAUGAUCCGAUACGAAUAAUGUGGACGAGAAACGGGAAACCAAUUAAUCCUUUGACACAAAGAGUAAAAAUUUCUGAAGCUAAAACAAAUGAUGGAAUGAACAGUAUAUUGGAAUUAUUACAAACAGAAACAAGCGACGGUGCCUUAUAUCAGUGUAAAGCUGGUAACCCAUUUGGAGUUGAUAUUUAUACCGUUCAUUUAACUAUAUUAGAGCCUCCAACACCCCCAACGGAUUUAUCUGUAGACUCUAUAAAGAGUCGUUCAGUCAAACUAUCCUGGCGCGACAUGGCAAGGUCAUUAGCUCAAUAUUAUAGCGUGCAAAUCACUAACAGUCAAAGAUUAACUUGGAGCACGGCAAAAACAAUUAACAUCACCAGGUUAGAUGAAAUACGCCACACCAUCGAGCUAGAAGACCUUCAGCCUGCAACCAGCUACAGUGCUAGAGUAGCUGGAGGUAACCAAGCCGACCUAAGCAUUUAUUCUACGCCAGUAAGAUUCACCACCACCGAAGAGGCGCCAUCAUCACCACCGUUGGGUGUGCAGUUAGAACAGACAGAUUCGCCAGGGGAGUUGAGGGCGAGAUGGCUGCCACCGCCAGCAGAUGCACAUAACGGACUUAUACUUGGUUAUAGAUUGAGGGCUGUCCCACAACUGAGCGGAAUCCAGGAAAGUCAAGAUACAAAUGAUAAGAUCAUUAAAACAUCGUCUUUAUAUUCUAAACAAGAGACUGUUAUCACUGGUCUAUUGAAAGGUGUAAGGUAUUCCGUUUCAAUCGCCGCUUUCAACGGUGCCGGAAAUGGACCCUUCUCGAUUCCACUGUUUCAAGAUACUCGGGAAGGAGCUCCAGAAGAAGGGCCGUCUUCUGUAGAAUGCGGUGGAGUGACGUCAACAGCCCUUCGUGUUAGUUGGCAACCUAUACCACCUUAUAAGCAAGCUGGAGCUCUAAUUGGAUAUUCAGUACUUUAUGCAGCUCAAGGACGCCAAUGGCUCAACGCGACGUCUCUAGUAACGGAGCUGCGCUUGCAAGGUCUCCUGAAGUACACGAACUAUACCGUCAAAGUGGCUGGCUUCUCCAACUACGGCACCGGGCCCUUCUCCUUCCCUAUUGUGUGUUCCACGCUACAAGACGUACCAGAAGCGCCCGCUGAAAUCAAACUCGUGUCCCAGUCGCCGACGGCUCUUCUCGUCAGUUGGAAGAAACCCAAGCAACCGAACGGGCGACUCCUACACUAUACGGUUUAUUGUAAGCCAACAACGAGUAACGACGGACCUCAAAUUCAUCGGGUGGACGUGGAAAUGGAUACGGAACCAUAUGAACAGACUCAGAGCUUGGAGCUGAAGGGGCUGUAUGAAGGGCGGCAGUACGACGUCUGGGUGACAGCAAGCACAGCCGUGGGAGAGGGACCCGAAAGUCGACGGGUUACUAACACACCUUCACAACGAGUGGUGGCAGGAGUAUGGUCACUUGGUGGCGACGUUCGUGUGGCAGUGCGCCGAGCCUUGCUACUGGCCUGCCGCAGUGUGGGGGCGCCCCCGCCUCGCACCGUGUGGUACCACAAUCACAAUAUUAUCACCCACCAUCCACGGUUCACCAGGAAUAAAGACGACAGUUUGCUUAUCAAAAGUAUUGACCAAUCUCUCAGCGGGAAUUAUACGUGCUUAGCAAAGAAUUUGUACGGAUCAGACUCUGUUGUGUAUUCAGUAAAAGUUUUACCCUUACCGGACCCUCCGUCACUACGAGCGACCCCAUACAAGGACUCUAUUGUAGUUGAAUGGGACGAGAUACGGACUGCGAACGAUUCACUCGGAUAUGGCAUUGUUUAUAACCUAACUUGGAGAGAGGAAGACGGGCCCUGGCAGGAAGCAUGGCCGAUGGCGCGAGAAACCAGGCUGCCAGGAAUGCAGCAGCACGCACUGUCUGGACUCAAAUGUGGCACCAAGUACUCCAUACGAGUGACAGCGACCGACAGCAUAGGUACCUCUGUACCAGCUCACAUCGACGUCACGACCUUAGGAGGAGCACCAGUGUCUCCACCAACAACCGACUGGUUAUGGAGCAACGCGUCGCACAUCUACAUACAGCUGAGCGGGUGGGACGAUGGAGGUUGUGACGUCACCAAAUGGGACGUCGAAUACCGCCUGCUUGGCAGCAGUUUCUGGCACCGCGCGGAAAAUUUGGCGGCUAUGGACCUCACACUGGGCUGGGGCUACAUAGACAGCCACUACCAAGCGCCGCCGCUGCGUUCCAUCCCCGCAUCAUACGCAGUGGGCUCCCUGGCGCCCGGCAGCUGGUACCAACUGCGCGUGACCGCUAGCAAUGACGCUGGCGUCGCUUCUACUAUCUAUACUUACGCUACUAAGACGUUGGAUGGAGAGGAAAUCGGUCCACCGUCGGAGUUUUUCGACCUGAACAUGUUGGUGAUAAUCUGUAGCAGUGUGCUUCUGGUCAUCUGUCUGCUCGCCUUCAUCUGUAUACUGUUCAGAAGACAUAGGCAAAAUUACUCGUCCCAAUACCGUCACUCAAUCGCGGAGGAAGUAAAAUCUCGCAACGAGAGCGUCGCCUCACACUCCGAACAUAAGGAGCGAUACGCGCACACUCCACGCAUCUACACAUCCCCCGUCCACCCGAGGAAGAGCGGGAAGAAUGAAAUGUUUGAGAUAAGCCCAUACGCCGAAUUCGCGCUGGGAUUCAGAACAUUUGAUCAUGUGGAAAACCAGGACCUGCCGAGUAGACUACCAAGCAGACCAAGAUUUGAUACUGAGACCAGCUUCCAAACACGUUCAGAGUCAGAUGACAGUGACAGUACGUCCAAAGCAACAGUCUCUGGGAUGCCCAGACGCCACUGCCGAACUCCGCAUCACAGAUAAAAAACUGCCAGGAUUUUAUUUCAAUGCUGCAGCGCUGCUGGGGUUUUUUAGAUACUUUUUUCCAUUAGCCGGUACACGUUUUGGGAGUUUUAUCGUAUUUAUCCACGGCGACUUUUUAUCAUCUUACAUAGGUAUCUAUGCGGAAAUCACAUUUGGUAUUAUGGAAAAUGUAUACAAGUACCAAGAGCUGUCACAUCAGAUAGUAAUCGAUGAUGGAAAGAAGAAUCAGUAUUGCAUAAAUGGUGCAAGUAAUCUACUCUUAGAUAGGCAGUCGAUAUCCCUUAGAGACGUCUAAAAAGUUUUAUUUCCUCGUUCUUAAUUCGCACUGUAAAUACGUGCUUUCCAGCUGUAGUUUUAGUAUGUGGGUAUUUUCAAGACAAGAGUGAAUUGACACCUUCUAGGUUAGUGCGUUCUACCGUAUGAUUUAUCUUCAUCAAGCAUGAACGCAGUCAAGAGCUAACGUAUACAGCUUACAAGGAGAAUAUUUAUUUCUCUUGACUUUGAUACCUUCACUGUAGGAGUUUACGGGAGGAAUAUUUUAGAUCUUUGCUGAAUUAGAAAUACCUUUUGUAGGAGGUGGUCAACGGAUGGAAUAUUUCAGAUCUUUGCCGUGACUGAAACGCAAAAUAAAACCAUUUAGCCGGUUUCCGAGGGAUAUCGACUCUCCGUAUUACCAGAUAUGGUUACUAGUAAUGGAGUGACGGUUCUGUUUAGUUUCUAUACAGUGCCAAAAAAUAAUCAUGCUGUUUUGAACUGGAUGAUACGAGUAAUCAGUACAAUAUAUCAUCUACACUAUCAUGUACUCAAGAACUCAUAGGAUUGAGAGAAUCAUCUCGAUUUAGAUUUAAUUAUUAUCUUAAUUAAUUAAAACUAUUUUUUCUCAAUUAGUUGCCUUUGUAAGAUGAUGAAGUAUUUGAAGUCGCACAAAACAUUAGUUUUAAGGUAUGUUGAUGUUUCGUGUGUUAUGUACUCGUAACUGAACUCUGAACUCAACUAUUGAAACUCGCGAGGGAUAAGAUCAAACGUUAAUAAAUCACUGCCAAGUUAUCUUGUUGAAGAGGCGUCUGGAAGAGUGGAAACUUUCGUCCAACGGUCAGCAGGAGCGGAGCGUUAAACUAUGCGUGAAUGAUACUUUUUCAGCGUAUUUUUCCAAAACGAUUGUACACUAUCCUUUUUGCUAUUUUGCUUCCAGCAACUCGGUGUAACAUUCAAAUAAUAAGUCACUACAUGAUUUUUCAUUGUAUUUUCGUAAUUGUGAUCAUCUAACAUAGGUAGUUAUUUCGAUAAGAUGAUCAUGACUAUUUUUUUUUGUUUAUAAAUCAUAUAACAUGAUUAUUUAAACUAAAAUACGUAAAUAACGAUUAUUCGUUAAAAUAAUCUUACUACUUGAAACUGCGACUUAUUACUGCCACAUUACGUAAAAUGAAGAUAUAUCAUUUCGUUAAAAAUACGAUGUUAGAUUAUUGCAUUAACGAUAAAAAUUUUAAUAAAAAAAAUACAACCGACUUCAAAACCUAAAAACGUACCCACUAAACUAAAAAGCGAAAAAUAACAUCAUAAUAUGUUCUACCUGCUGAUCAGUAUGAAGGCGGUGCUAAGCCGGUUCUUAUUAAUACAAAUUAAUCAAGCCCAAACACAAGGUAACUGCUGUAAAUCACCAAGGAGUUCCCUCGUCUGUUUUAUGACUCCAUCAUCAGAUCGAUUUUAAACCUUCAUAAUUUUGUAUUUCUUAAAGGUACUAAAUGGAAAAGUUUACGAACACAUUAGACACCCAUAUAAUUUUCGAAAGUUCCCCUCAAUUUCCCCAGGAUUCCAUCAUCAGAUCUUGUCAUGAUGGCAAUGGGACCAAAUGGGGACUAUACCGUUUCAAACAAAAAAAGAAUUUAUGAAAUCGGUCCAAGCGUCUUUGAGUAAUCGGUGUACAUACAUAAAAAAAAAAAAAAAUACCGACCGAAUUGAGAACCUCCUCCUUUCUGAAGUCGGUUAAAAAUAUGAUGAAAAACGUAGUAGUGACUCAUUAUGAAUGGUACACCGAUAUACAUAAUAACCCUGCUGUUUGUUUCUACCAUUUGGUAAUACUCCAUUUUGAUUUACUAAAUACGUGGGCAUGUGUUCAAUAUCUUGCUAUCGGUAGGUACGUGAUGAGAUUGCAGUGACCUCUUCAAUAAUAAGGUUUAUUUAACUUUUGUUAUAAUAUGUGCGUUUACACAAGCUCAAAAAGUUAAGAUUUUCUAAAAAUAUAAAAUUUGUAAUACUAUUAUUUAAUAGACGUAUUUUGCGUGGAAAAGCAGGAUUGACAUAUCGUAACUUCCAAAUUGAAGGUUUUUUGGAUAAUCUUGUUGACUUUUAAUUCCAAAUUUUAAUUUUGUUUACAUUUUGUAGAUUAAAAUGUAAAUAGAAUAAUCGUUAGAAUUUAUGAAAAUAAAAAAGUUAAAUUAACAACAAAGAAUUUGAAUGAAAAUAAAACAUAGAAAUAUAAUUUUAAAUCUUACUGUUAAAACCAUAUCAAUAAGGAAACUUAUGUUAAUAAUAAUUUAGAAAAAUAAGUAAUGGAAUAUUGUCAUUUAUCAUGAAAGUCUUUUGUGAUGGAAUUUUUCGGUCUAUACUUAUAAAUAUUGACAAACAAUAUUCCUACUUUAAACAUUCGAAAAAUCUGUUCACGAAAGGCGAACAACCCACUUUAGAGUAUCAAUUUACUGUCGAAUAUUAUCUUUAUUGAAAGACUGAUAACUCUUCAUAGAAGUAAGACGUACUUAUGCCAAGUCUUUGUGCCAAAUCUUCGUUGUAUUAUACUUUAGUAGAACUUUGUCAUUGUUAAUUUUACCGAGAUUUCUCUCGCAAUCCGUUUACAAUGGGUAAAAUUUCUCCUUUGACAAAGUUGCAUCUACAUCUUCGUGUAACUUCAUAAAGUUAGAUACUUUGUUAUUUAUUCACCUACUUAAUAUUAUUGUCGUGAUAAUUAUUUAUUGAACGUCAAAUAAAAAUAAAUGUUUGAAGUAUU